AUGAGAAAAAAACCAGAAUUUUCACGAUUAGAGCGCAAGAGAAAAGCUGAGCUGGCCAAGACGGUGCAGGAUGAAUUAGCGGACAAAAUAAAAAAAAGAUUAGUUGCGGCAAAAUCAUUGUCAUCAGCAUCGCCCUCAUCUACAUCAUCUUCAGGAUCGGAGACGUUGUCAUCAUCGUCUACGUCAGCAUCGUCUACGUCUGCGUCAUCUACGUCUGCGUCUACCACAUCUGCGUUUGCAACAUCAUCGAUGCCUUCGCUUGACAUUUUACAACAUGAUGAGGCAAUUGAUUUAUCUACUAAGAGAACUGUGCCGAAGAAGCCACAAAUCAAGAGUAGUGAGGCUAUUCGGCGUAAAAUAAUCAUGAUUCCGAUAUUAUUUUAA